AUGGAAAAAGAAAUGCAAGAAUUGCAAAAAGAUUAUUCAUCUUUAUUUAACAGUCUUGGAAACAAUUGUAAACAACUAGAAAAAUAUAAAAAUCGAAUAGAGAUACUUAAAAACAAAGAAGAACGUGAUAUACUCAUAAAAUAUGAAUAUAAAGUGAAGGGAUUUAAUAUUAUAUAUUGUAAAAAAGAUAAAAAUCCUUAUAAACCAGAUCCUGAAGCAAUGGCGAUAGCUUUAUGUGAAGCUCAAGAGAAAUAUGCUAGGAGAAUUGCUAAUAGAAAUGCUAAUAGAGAUUGUAUUAUAACUGCUGAUCUAAAAAAAUAUGGGUAUAAACAAGGUAAUAAAGUUGACUUUGCUGCAAGUAAUAAUAGACUUGAUUGGAUAAAACAAUUAAUUGAACUAGGAUAUGAAGGAACAGAAGAUGCAAUUGAAGGUGCUGUAAAAAAUGGUCACCUUGAAAUUGUAAAGUAUUUACAUGAAAAAGAAUAUGAAUGUAAGCAGCUUUAUCCAAUUAAUAAAGCUGCUGUAAAUGGACAUCUUGAAGUAAUUAAAUAUUUACAUGAAUUAGGGUAUAAAGGAGAUGGAUUUGCAAUUGAAGGUGCUGCUAAAAACGGUCAUCUUGAAGUUGUAAAGUAUUUACAUGAAAAAGGAUAUAAAUGUUCUAAUUUGGCAAUUAUUGAUGCUGCUGGAAAUGGACAUCUUGAAGUUGUAAAAUAUUUAUAUGAAAAAGGGUAUAAAUGUUCACAUCGGACAAUUGAUUGUGUUGCUAAUAAUGGUCAUCUUGAAGUAUUAAAAUAUUUACAUGAAUUAGGGUAUAAAUGUGACAAAUGGGCAAUUAAUAAUGCUGCUGGAAAUGGACAUCUUGAAGUUGUAAAAUAUUUACAUGAAUUAGGGUAUAAAGGUACAAAAGAUGCAAUUAAUUAUGUUGAAUACUAUGGCCGCACUGAAGUAAUUGAAUAUUUACGUUCUGUUGGAUAUAGUUAA